AUGUCCGGCCCAUUCCGCUUCAAUCAGGAGCCGGUGCGGUCGCCGCUCGACCGCUCCGCAUCACCCUUCUCUGGCCAGCCCGUCAAUUUCAAGACCAACGUCAACCGGGCCAAGACGAAGAAAUGGGUGCAGGCCAAGAAGAAUGCCUACGACGGCGACGACUGGGGCGGCUAUGACGAGUACGACGAGUAUGGCGUCAACCAAGAACCCCAGCACCAUACCGGCGGACUGCAGCCUGGGCAGAGAUAUCAUGCUCAGGACCAGCCUUCGAGAAGCUUCACAGAGCCUGCUCCUCAGGCCAUUCUCCCCAAGGCGCGCAGAAACUCUUUCGAGCAGGGCGAGGAACAGAGGGCCUUUUCCGCCACAAUCCCCCACCCACAAUAUGGAGCCGGCUCGUCCUUGGAGGACCCUCAACGACUGGGAGACAGUCGUGCACACAAAGAGGACCACGAGCCGCAGCCACAACGGCAACAAGAGACCGGUCCUACGGCUACGCUUCCGCCUCUCCAAACGCGCAUUUCGCAGGUGCCAAACGACUUCAACUCGCCCUCGAACACACAGUUUCCCCCGCGCAAGAGCAGCAUAAGCCAGGUCGAGUCGCCUGCUGCAUCGCCUAUCGUAUCACCCCGCUCGCGCACGGGCAGCCACUCCGAUAAGCCAUUGCCAUUCAUACGUCCAGCCGACAUCUACAGAAGGGUCGAGGAGGAGCGAGUGCGGGAGCGUGCAUCGCUGGAUUCAUCCCGACCCAGUCUGGACUCGCUGACCUCUCGUCCCAAAGAGGACGUUUCAUCCCCAACGGACGCCAGCAAAACGCUGCAUCCCCUGGAGACGGUCGCAGAGCGCAAGAGCGAGUAUUUGCCCGAUUUCCAUGCUGCGGACCCACAAAACGGCAAGCAAGCUGUUGUACCACCCUCUGAUGACCAGGGUCUGCGAUCAGUCGUGAACAACGCGUUUGUGCGCAAUGACGACCAGAAAUCUGUACCGCCCACGCCGGUAUCAAAGGACUCCAGUUCCAACAUGUCCCGUGCCAAUACGGGGAGUACUACGGGCAUCAGUCCAAUCAUGAGCAGGGUGCCGAGUUCGGCGACGUCAGCCAUGAAGAUUCGCAACCAGACUGCUGAGGGUAGCACACCCGCGAUUGCAGAGGAACCUGCUGCCAGCGACGUAGCGUCACCUGCUGCCGUGCCAACAUCCGCAGGCGAAUCUCCACCGACAAAUAACAACCCACAACAUCCAACGGCAGGUCAUUCCCGUGACAUUUCUGCUUCAUCGCUACCCCGCAGUGGAUUCGCAACCCCGACUCGUGGCGAUAGCCCUGCGCGAUCCUCUGUGAUAGCCACAUCACCAAAGGACCUACCACAGCCAAUAACAGCUCAGAUCACCACUGAAAAUCUCGACUCACCUGACGCAAUGGAAGGAGGUCUUGCAGGCCCAUCGCCCGCAUACGCAAACCGAGAAGCUGACCUUGCGAACGAAGCAAAACACAGUACCACUGGUGUCAACUCUCAGCUUGGUGCAGCAGAGACCCAGUCGCAGAAGGCUUUUCUGGACUCCCACACUGCGCAGUCUCCGGUACAAGACGCCAUCCCGCGCGAUCGCUCAGAAUCACCCAGCAAAGGUCGUGUGCAAGCGUUGGCUGGCAAGUUCGGCGAUGUCUCGCAUUCCAGGCGCGGUUCCACGCAGUCCAACAUGUCAAGGAAUAGCGUGCAAUCCUGGGAAAAUAGCAGGAAUAAUUCACGGGCAGCGUCGCCAACAAAGGCGAGCCCCAGCAAACCCAGUAGUCCAGUAAAGGAAUUUCGUCCGCACCUUCCCGGUCAAUGGGAGUCUUAUGCCACGACCGUCAACACCCCUUCUGAACAAGGCGAUCGUGGCAAAGAGCUAUCCUCGACGAGCAACCGUGUCUCGUCCCCAUUGGACGCGGUCGACUUGACAGCGACUACAGCCAAGCAGCAAGUGGCAGGAGCUGAUGCCUCUGCAGUUUCGCACACUCAUACCACACUUGCAGAAGACCCUAUCGCCGCACUCAAAGACGCUGGAUCUGCCAUGGUCGAGUCAAUUCGAACAACGGUUGGGCUCCAGGAUACCGCCUCUGAGUCCCAGCAUGAACCCAAGGGCAAACCAGCACAUGGCAACAUGUAUGUACCACGACCUCUGCAGCUGGAAAGAACCAUAUCCUCACAAUCGAGUAUACCGCCCACUCCGCCAGAAGAGAACACAGCAGAGUUGGAGGUUGCGCACUCUCCACCAGUAACAGAGCAGUCUUCUGGCGUGUUGACAGGCCAGCAGAGCCCGAUUAUAGAUACUCCAUUGAGUACAGAGCUAUCUGCCGGUGACGAAGAAAGCGAUCGCUUGCGCAAAGAGAUCGUCGCCAGUUUGUCUCCGGUCAGAGCCACAACGGACGACACUGGCGAAAGUAAUCGUGCAUCCCUUCGGCCCCUCAGUUCGCCCAACAACCGUGCCAGCUCCAUUCUACCAAGCGAGUACGAUAUGUACUGGGCGGAAGAGGACAGUAAUACCCCACGACUGUCGCAAAAUUUGGAGCAAAGCGAUCUCGUCACCCCGCCUGUGGCUGCUGCCUCCACCGUCACAGAUAGUGAGGAACCUGCCAAGCCAUCACUGCUCAACCGCUUUAGCUGGGAAGCGAACAACCCGCAGCUACUGCAACAGGGAGCUUCGCUGUCUGCUGUCAUGUUGGAACAUACCAAGUCCCCACAAACCGAGAGUAAAUCAUCGCCCACAGGGCCCACACGGGAGCAUGCUGCAAAACAAGAACACGAACGACAGCAAUCAUUGGGAGGCAUUUCAGAUUCUCAGCCUGGCCCAGAUCAUGUCAUCACAGUGACCAAACCAGAUCCCGUCACCGAUCCCAGGCCUGAAGAGCAACCUUCAACUCCACCACUGGAUGCGAAGUCUCUGACGAGUCCUACCCGAGAGCAUACGAGGUCACCCGGCCUACACGUUGUCAAUACCCGAGAGGAUCCUGAGGCAGUCGAUCUUCCGCCGAGGUUCAGUGCUGAUCAAGAACAAGCCCCAAGAUUCAGUCCAGAAGAUAAUGUAGGACUGACUCCUCUACCACAAAGCAAUGUACCCCCACCAGUUCAAGAGACUACAAACGAAAUACCCACACAAGAGACGACAAAAGAAAUGCCCAAACAAGAGACGACAAACGAAAUGCCCAAAAACUCCAUAUCACGCGAGGCUUCAGUCGUCUCACGGACCGAGAAACCGCUGGGCGCUCGAGAAAUUGCAACAAUCAGUUCAACGGCGGAAAGGAUUGCCACCUACAACGCAACGCGCGAACAGUGGGCCGCGGUCGAUCAUGGACUUCAAAGUUGGCUCACAUCCACAAUUGAAGCGAAUCCAGAGUUAUCUACUGCAUCCUUCCCCUUGCAGCGGGUACCUACUGCGUCAACCCGCCACAAACAUUCAGGCUCCCUCGCGCUGCUUGGAAAGUUUGGUGGAACAAGCCAUCACGAACCGAGCCCCGAACAGUCCAGUUCUGCCGGUGCUUCGGUUCCUGCGGCCUCAUCAUCACCUACUCCUACUCGACCCUCUAUUCCGGGAUUUGGGGGACGUGUUGGCAGCCAAAACAUGCAGCUGAAAGGGGAGAAGCUGCUUCAUACUGCGAAUGUGUUGGGUGGGAAGGGAAUGACUAGUGCAAAAGGCCUGUUCGCAAAGGGCAAAAGCCGCUUUGGUCGUGAUAAACAGACCUCCCUCUCCGGACGCGGCUCUGUGCCCUUGUCUCGGGAAGCCUCUGAAGAUCCCGAAAAGAGGCCGAGUCGAUCAGCAAGCUCGACGGUGAGGAUGGCGACGCUAGAGGUGCCGGUGAUACGCCCACGAGCAGAGGCGAGUUACCCCGAUGACGAAACGAGAAGUCGAAGGCUCUCUUUCUCGUUCGAGUCUCGUCUGGGCAUACUACCGUCGCCUGCGAAAAGCAUAUUCCCGAAUGAAGACCAAAGCUCUGUGGAGGUGCCUCCUGUACCGCCUAUUCCCAAUGUGGUUGCACAAAGACAUCACCGUAGGAUGAGUCAGGACAGCGCCCAUCGAAUGCUCCAAUCGGUCAUCCGAUACUCUACACCUCCAGCGGGAAGUCUUGGUGCGAGGCCCGCUUCGCGACCCACCUCGAGGAAGUCAGAUACCGGGGCAGGUGCUCAAGAAGUAUUUGAGGCAUGGAAAGGCCCAGGGGUAUCUGAAACAAUGUUAGUGAUGCCGGGGGACGUUGAACACCCUGCUCUGCGUCGUGUUCGACCCAAUUCCGCGCCACAUGUACCGCCUCAGCAGGUAAACAACAACAUUGAUGUCAAUCGCAGAUCACUUUCUGCAAUACUGGGGCCUAUGCCGUUCACAAUUGCACCUGCCGAGCUCAUAAUGCUUGCACAGGCCAACGAGGAGAAGAAGCAAAAGAAGAAGAACAUGCAUCAAAUAUCAACUACCGUGAGCCGCGACAGUGCCGAAUAUGAUAGAGCCUCGCGGUCGGAUCAUGACAAAAUGUUGACUUCCGCUGAACCCUCGGCUGAUUCCCUCACCCGCUCGGUUCCCCGUGACGAUGACCAACCACGACACGGUCGGGAUCUUGUGUCAAUAUCUUUUGAGCGUGGCCAAAACUGGCCAAUUGUGUCGUCUCCGUUCCCUACACCGCAUCCUGUGCAUAAUAGGAAUGCUGCCAUGGACCAUGUGUGGCAGACUAGCAACAACAGUCCUACUCCAUUACCACACUUUACAGUAGACAAUAUACCUGGAGCCGAUGAUGGUUCGAACGCGGCUCCAACAAGCCUGUCAAGACGGACAGUUGACAUCGUCGGUGUUGGUGAUGUCCCAGCCGUGUUGCAUCGAGCAGGUAGUGACGAGGUUUCUGUGAUGAAAGAAGAAGACGACGACGAUGGUGGAAAGUGUCAGCGAAUCCAUGAUACUAGUGAGAGGCACAUGUCGUUCCAUGCGGGCAUGGUCAAGUCUGGCGAUGUGACGCCUGUAGCAUCCACAGAGAGAGCCAAUGCGCCGGUGAUAGCAGGCGAAUACGAAGAAGGCCGAGGAAGCCAAUCGAGUUUAUCCAGUCUGAACAGAACUGCACAGAACCCAGAGAGUCACAGACAUCGAGCUUACAAGACCGAAGUCAUGGGCGCAGGGCAUGUAUCGAACAUCUCGACUGUCUCGUCCGCGAUGAUGGACGAGGAGACAACCCCAAAGACCGAAAAGAUAGAUCCGGGGACAACUGUGUGGUUUGCGAAGCGUACAUUGCAGCUUCCCGCACACGACGAGCCACACGAUAAGCCCGUGCAGGAACUGUCCAAGACCACCAGCUCCGAUAUGCCCGCUUCAUCUAAGGAGGCUGAGGCGGCCAAGGAGAGGCGCAAGCCAUUUGGUUCACAGCGUUGGGGGGUUGCGCUCGGACCAGGAGUGAGACGGGACGAGACGCUAAUAAAUGCAGACUGGGCUCCACACGCGCAUGGCAGCCUGGACACAACACGCCCAUGCCCAAUGCCAUACGCUGUCCACGCCGUUGAAGAGUAUUCAGCGUCCAACUCAACUCUAGCGACGUUGGAUCACGACGAGUCCAAUGCUGCGCUUCCUGUGGAUUCCGUCUGGCGCGACAACAUGAAAGAUGAAAGUGAUCUUGUUACACCCGUCGCCCCCAACGUGGUGCGCAUCGUCGAGAAUGGCCCACCAGCGCAUAAGGCUGAAGGGGCCUGUGACAAUCAUGUCAACGCAACUUCUGAUGACUACUUUCUGGCCCACCCUGGUUCUUCCGCCCCAAUGCAGCAUAAUAGCAAUCGACUGCCCAUCCCGAAUGCCAACAACAUGACUGUGCCGCAAAGAUCAAGGUCAAUCCUCUCUCAGAUAUCAGCAAUGGUCUCGGAUGCAGACAAUCUAUCCCCAACAGUGAGCACUGGAGGUCGAUCCACUCCCUCCACCAUUCGCAGGAUGCAGGCCGACUCUUCCGCCAAGCCGAAUGGACAAUCCAAACAGAUCAUAGUAGACGCUGCCCCCAGCUGGACGAAAUCCACAGCAUCUGGCCAAGAUCCAGCAAACGACUACGACUUAUAUGAAGACCACAAUGGCAUCGUCAAGGAUCUACCAAUGAAGAGCAUGCAGCCUUCUCGUGGUGUUGGUCUCCCCAACAGUAGCGCAGCCGAACAUCACCCUGUCAAACCUGCAUCCACACCAAGAACUGCAAAAGCAUCAGCCUCAAGAGACAGAGAGAGACCGCGGUACAAUACCGACAGACCAAUGAGCUUUGUAUCAGGACCCCCUGAUGAGGCCGGCAAGCCGCAGGACCAGAUCAAUCGAUUUGGACCUUUCGGGCCACCGAGUGAUACGCAAGGAACACAGAUUGCAGAACAACGGCAAAGUCAUUCUGAUCAGGUGCAAAUACCAUCCAUUGGUAUGGCAUGCUCCUCAGCUGAAAACCUGUAUGAACACCAUUCGACUACUGAUAGCCAACCUGAUCCUGUCGGAAAACCAGGAGCGGCUGUAGAGCAGAAUCCCAUGGCGCAGAGGCAAUUUGCUGGCGGAAGGAAGCAGUUCAAUCAGCACCAGCAAACGCUGCAACAUCGAACCAACGAAAGGAGACGUGAUGAUUCCACGAAUCGAGCACCAUCACAGGGUACGGACCAGGUUGUUUUCCUCUCUAAAGACGAGCGUUCCUCGAGCCCCAGAUUACCAUCCAAGCUCAGGGGUAUUGCUGGGAAACAGCAAGACUUGCAGCCACAACCAAUGACGCCUCAUGAAUGGGCCACUUCGAUUCUGAGGCCGCAAUCUGUGGAUCCUGUUCGUAAGCAUCCCUUACAUGCGGCAGGUAGUAGUAGCUCUGCUGCACAGGAAAUCGGUGCACGCAAGCCCGUUGGAUCUCACACUCGAAGUUCGCAAGAGUAUCGGAAUAGCUCAGGCUCUGAAUCACCAUAUCGUCAAUAUCAAGGCAGAACAGUACAGCAAUACGAUUCAAGCAACCAGACUACUGCAUCAGAUCCUAUAUCCAAUAAAAAGAAAAAGAGAUUCUCGGCGAUUGGGGCUCUGUUUGGGCGUGUGGGUACUGCAGGAGAUGGAUUGCUCGCAAAGUCCAAGGAGAAGAAAGCCCAGAAAGCCCAGAGAAACUCUAUUCUAGCUCUAUCGCAGACAUCCCGAGCUUAUGAUACCACUCAGCCCCAGGUUCAGCAAUCCAAGUCUCAGGAACCUACGCUGGCUUAUUAUCCUCCUGGCCAACUUCCGCCGCCUUCACUACCGGCAACGCAGCCGACGGGCCCGCGAACCGGAUCUUCUCAUGCCAAAUUGCCUCCAGUCUUGCAAGAUGCUCAGAACGUCCCAUCACGAAUGGAAGUUCCCCGACAUUCACGACCACAACAAGGGUUGCAGCAACAUCAGCAAGCAUCUGGAGCCAAGACCGAAUCGGGCUCUGCAUACCUCAGGACUAAGCAAUUGGCGGAAGAGCAUCGUGCUCAGAGAGAACGUGAACUAGCAAAUUCUGCAUUCGCUAAGGACACGAGCACAGAUAUUCAGGCAUCGUCUCCAUCUGUAGAUCAGAGGCCCGCUAACCCACGUCAAUUUAGCUGGGGCACACCUUCCUUUGAAUAUUACAGGCCGAAUCCAGAUCAUGGAGCUCACUCAGCAGUUUCAGUGAUGCAACAACAGGCAGAUCACCGACGACAGGAAGAAAACAUACAAGUACAAGCUUCCCACGAACGUUCACAAGCCGAACAAAUGCUCGCUCAACAGCGACGUCAGGCAACGAAUGUUCAGGAAGAUGGUUACCGGGAUCCUCAGGUGGAUCGUCAUCAGAUGUAUCAACAACAGCAGCAUCCCAUGUUCAAAGAAAGUUAUGGAAUGGGUCAGGGAGAAUACCAACAGCAUUCGCAGGGUCGACAGCAGGCCUUGUCACGGCAAGAGGCUUACGAAGCAGCGAUUGCUCAGAGCCAGCAAUCUCAGUCGCACAGUCAGCAACCCGUAAGCGGGUAUGAUAGUUCUAGGGUGGCGCAAGUCCUAAAUCUGCAACGGCAACAGCAACAGCAGCAACAGGGACAGUACGCCUCACAGGUAAAUGGCGUACGAUAUAUGCGCGACAGUCGUAACGUUUCCGUACCCCUGUCCGUUGCUUAUACCGACAAUGCCGUAACGCAGCGCCGCGUUAGCUCUCCAAUAGCUGAACCACAGUACGAUGCACCGCCGAUUCCUGCUGCUUACAGAUAUGUGUCUGGUGCAUUCGUGUCCCCUGGUGAGCAGUUGCAGCAACAAGAGGUUUCGUCCUCGCAGCACAGCGCGAGAGCUCGUCUCGACAGCGCAGACAACGGCAUCAGGUCAAUUUCUCCGCAGAUUUCAGCUCAAUCUGGAGUGCCUCGUACUGGCCGUACACCCUCGGAUACAAGCGUCGUCUCCACAGUAUCACCCAUUUCACAAUCGCCCGACCUUUCAAUGAAGUCGCCGCCACUCAGCCAGCGGAAUCAACAUCAGAGGACGAGCUCGGGUAACGGAGAUGCAUCACCAAGGCCGACCUUGGCAUCUUAA